AUGAUGAAAAUUCCAUUGAUAAUUAUGUUAUCAUUAUCAUGGUCAAUCUUUUGUACGAUGUUGGACUCUUCACGAGCCAUAUUUUGGCUAACUAGUAAGCUGGAAAAUAUCGAAUGGCGGAAAGGUUGUUUGACAACAGCUGGCUGUGCACAGCCACGAUUUCAACUAGCACUCUUGAAUGCUAUAACCAAUGAAAAAUUAUCGAAAAGUUGGCUUAUUACACCAAAACUUAUGCAGGAAAGGCAGCGCAUGUACGUGACUCACUGGAGUGAUGGUAGUCCGAGUGACAUUCUGGUUUCAUGCGAGGUCGUAGGUGUGGAUCCAACUUAUGGAUUUCCAAGAAUCUGCGAUUCGUCCACUUCAGUUGACAUUUAUCAAAAUGAAGCGAAGAAAAGCCUACAGAAAAGAUCUGAUACAAUAUCACUGGGCGUUGAUGGCAAAGUUAUCGUUAGACUGACAGCUCGAUGUUUCAAUAGUACAAUAAUUAUGGAGAAAUAUGAAGAGCGUUGUCCAUGGUGCAUAGAAUAUAGUGAUGAUACUGUGAUCAAUCAGCAGUACCCAGAAGAUUUGAAACCUGGUUUUGUGCAAUUUGUUGGAAACGAAAGCCAUCUGAAUAUUCUGCUGGCAGCGUUUGCUCUGACAACGGCAUUGAGUAGCGCACUUUGCGCAUUCAUCCUUUAUCUGUACGUUCGACAGAAGAAAAAUAGAGAUUUAUUAUCCAAGAAAUGUCAACCGUGCGCUACAAUAGGUGCAGGGCAUGUAAUGCAUAUCGAAUCACCCAAUGGUUCAAUCGAGAGUACCAGGCGGGUAAUGGCUUUGAAUACGAAGAAUGAGUUCAUUAGCUAUUGUAGGUAUGAUAUCCCAUGGGAUCGCAAGUAUCGUCCGUUGCCGAGAUGGACGAGCUCCAGAAGCAACUCCAGCGGUGCAUCACCACCAGACACCUCUUCCACAUUUACUGGCUCAUCACAGCAUUCAAAACCAACAAAAGUUAUCGUUGGAAGUAUUUUGCAUCAAAUAGAUUCGCCAAAUUCGUCGAUUUAUGAAAGGCCUGAAGACAGCGAUCUUAAAUGUGUGUGA